AUGUUCAAGGGGAGACCCAGCACCGAUCCCGACGACAUGCCAUCGCAGCCGUCUCCACCACCACCACCACCACCACCGACGACGGCAGCACCUCCUCCGCCUCCGCCUCCGUCUGGCGACUUGACCCCCGACGCGGAUACACCACCGAGCCAGUCCAGCUACGGGUACUCCAGUCAGUCGACCAUGGGCCAGGAGCCCGAGAUCGUCGAAGCGCACGACGAAGAGAGGCCGACAGACAGCCAUCACCUGGCAGACAUGGCCGCCAAGGAGAAGCCGCUCGAGGAAAAGGGGCACGCCGAGCUCGACCACGCCGACGUCGAGGUGAAGAACUUGGGAUGGAACAACCCGCCCAGCAAGGUGUCCCAGCCCAUGAUUGGCGGGUUGACCAACGAGGAUCUCUGGAUCCUCGUCCGUCGGUUUGACAAGCUCGCCAACCUGGACAUGAACAUCGCAGACGAGGAAGAGUUCUCGCCAGACAAACUCCGCGCGCACGUCGAGCGCCUGUACAUGACCGUCAUCGUCGGCCUCUUCGCCUUCUGGAAACACAUCGUCCGCCUCCGUUCCUGGCGCGAGUGGCGCCGCACCUCCGUCUUCCUCGCCGUCUACUCCGCCGCCUGGCUCCUCGACUUCGUCGUGCCCGUCCUCGUCGCCUUCCUCGUCGUCCUCGUCCUCGUCCCCGACGCCCGCACCUUUUGCUUCCCGCCCGCGCCCCCCUCCCUCAUCGACGGCAGGACCGGCGGCGUCAAGAAGCCGUCGUCCGGCGUCCUCGCGUCCGACGACUCCAUCACGGGCGCCCCCGAGAAGCACGCCGGCGAGGCCGUCGAGCAGGAGGCCCACAGCUUCGUCAACAGCAUCUCCUCGCUGAUCGUCAGCACCGCGGCGGGGAAACACCCUCAAGGCGAUCCUCACGAUGACACCGCUGCCCCAGACCCUACUAACAUGGCUCAAGAUAUCGUCAACGCGAAGGACAAGACGGGCGGCGACGAGCCGAGCGUCCACCACGACAAGACCAAGAAGCCCGUCCACGAAUCCGUCUGGGUCAAGGCCCGGCCGGUCAUGCACUCGAUUGCCGAUGUCGUCGACACCUGGGAACGCUUCGGCAACGCCCUCAGCCCGACGCCGCCGUUCCCCCAACAGCGGCCCCGGCUCAUCCUCGCCAGCCUCCUGCUCCCGAUGCUCCUCGGGUCUCUCUUCACGACGUCGUACAUGCUGGUCAAGGGGACCGGAUUCGUGGUUGGAUUCACCAUCUUUGGCGACCCCGUCAUCCAAAGAGGCUUGGUGUUUAUCAACCGCACCUACCCUCACUGGAAGAAGUACGUUGAAUUGCGAAACACCGUUCUCAAGGGCAUUCCCACCAAUGCCCAGCUCACCAUCACCCUGCUACGCAUCGGCGAGAGGAACAAGGCGCCGCUUCCCCCGCCCCCCGUCUCGUCCGAGCCACCGCCAGAUGUGCCUCAUGCGACCGCUGGCGAGGGUCUCGAGCAUCUAGGCGUCGACCAAGACGAAAUAGACGAGGCCGUCCAACCCGACCCGAACGCCCUCGCGCCCGCCGAGUCGCAGACCGAGGAGCACAAGCAGAAGAAGGGGCACCGGAUCCUCAACUUCAUCAAGAGCACCGCCAAGGGCGGCAUCAACACCACCCUCGCCGCGGACAAGGUCAAGGCCAAGGUGGGCGCCAAACACGCCAAGGACCGGCUCGGCGUGGUGAAGACGGGGCCCGAUCCCGAGAAGGGGCCCAUCUCGUUCCCGGCACGGUGGAAGGGCAAGAAGGGCCGCGCCUUCAUCACGGCCACGGCGACGACCCCUGCUCUGAGCUGGACUACCGACUCGGAUGACCUGAACCCGACGUGGACCGUCAGCGUUGGAGACAUUGCGCAAAUUCGCAAAAUGGGCGGUCUUGGGUGGAAGUCAAAGAUCUUUGUCGGAUGGGCCACAGACCGCGAGAUCGCGGACGGCCUCAUCGUGACCGAUACCAUGGGCAAGGAGCACCACCUCACUGCAAUCAUCUCCCGGGAUGAGCUUUUCAACCGUCUGGUUGCGAUAGGGUCUCAGAUGUGGGAGGCUUGGUGA